AUGCAUAUUAAAGCUCCCGAACAAAUGAGCAUUAAGAUUUUUGAUAUACCAGGACUCCCACAAAUUGAAGACAAUGCAAUUCAACAUACUCUCAACGCGUUCGAGAUGGAUUUUCUUACCGGCGACAAAGCAACAGACGAUAUCAUUAAUAGCUUUUUAAGCAAACGCCAAGUUCUCCAAAAAUUACUUGUGAAAAGUGUAACAAUUAGUAAACGUUCUGCUAAUUUAGCGAAAAAAAUAGUAAAUUUUAUUGAAGCUUCUUCGUCCACGGGAUUAGAAAACAAAAUGUGCAAUGCUCUUAUAAAUUCAGCUAAACGUAUUACCAACGAUACUCGAGAGCUUGCUGAGGAAUAUAGCAAUCUUCUACUAAAACUAAACAAUAUUACGAAAGAUGUUAACAAACAAGAUCAAACUAAUAAAUUUCAAAAAACAACACUGCAAACCGAAAGUCGGCAAUUGGACGAAUCUAUCAAAAAAUGGACAUUUGCGCAAAAAGCGGCGAAUUACGUCUGUGGAAUUGCAGCGUUAGCUGGUGUGCCAUUAGCAAUUGCUGGUGCACCCAUAACUAUCGCUAUUGCUGGUGUUGCUGGUGUUGCUGGCAUGACAACAUUUGCAAUCAAGAAAGGUAAAGAAAAGGAGGCUAAUUCUAAAACAGUAGAAAUUGACCAAAUCGAGUUUAAAAGUGAGAUAAUUGAAGUUGUGAUUUGUAAAAUAGAUAUCUCUCUUGGUAAUGUAAAACAAUUUGAAAAUUUAUGGAGACAUUUAGCUGACGAUGCUAAACUUAAACAGGAGGAUAUUGAAACAGAAAUAGAUAGCAUAAAAGAAUUUGAUGAUAAAAAAAUUAUCAAUGAAGUGAAUGCAGAAGAUUUAAAAUUGAAAUGGGAAGAGGUUUAUGACAUAUUUGAAUCAUAUGCAAACAAUAUUCAAGAGAAAUUAGAUCUUCAAAAUAAUUUAGAUAGUACCGGUACCGAUAGGUUCGUUAAUUGUGCAUUAGAAUAG